AUGCGUGAAGGCCUUUACCUGAAGACGAAGCACGAAGACAUGUGCCUCGGGGGCACCACUGGUGACAACACGCGCCUGCUUGGGAAGGCCCCCGAGGAGGAGGAGGAGGAGGAGGAGGAGGAGGAGGAGGAGGAGGAGGAGCAGCUGCAGGCGGAGGGCAUCAGGGAGGUGGGCGGGGCAACCAGCCUGGAUGUGCUGUACCAUGAGACCCCCCACUACCGGGGAGCGGCGGCGGAGGCUGACCGCAUGAUUGGGCCCGUGCAGACGGGCCGGCACGCCUGGCAAGUGCCAGACUUGGGGAUUCAGGAGCCUGCAUCUGCUAGUGCAGAUGAGGAGGGUGUAACCGAGGGGGGCUAG